CGACAACAACUUUAAAAGGAUCGGUACGGAACCAGACCAUAGGACACGCGCUGACGCCAACAGACUAUCAAUCAAGAGUCCUCCCCUGUAUCUAUUGGGCUUUGCUGUGAGAUGCAGAAUACCAUAUUGACCAGCAUAUGGUAGGACCCGGCAGCGUUGCCAGCAUGGCUGCCUGAUUUCCACUCUCUGGCAUCAAGGUUCAUACGAACCAUUACUGCUUUCGGCCAACUUUAUCUAUCGACAGCCAAACGCUAGGGCGAUGGCCGAGUUCUCUUCGUUAACCCACAAAUUCCGGGCCAACAUUGAUGGAUUCCAGGCCGGAGGCAACAAAAUCAUCAAACGCAACAGACAGCCACUAUCAUGUGCACCAUGCCGAAGUAAGAAGCUAAAGUGUGAUCGAGGCCAUCCUUGCGAGCCUUGCGUCAAGAGAGGAGAUCAGAGCAAUUGCAUCUAUGGCAAAACAGCUACCGCCCCGGCGACGGCUCCCGCAAGGCCUGAAGGGGGCAGCAGCAACGGCAACGGCAACGACAGCAGCAACACCAACACCAACACCAACGCGCAAAGUCGCGGCAAGGCCCAAGAGAGACUCCGGCGUCUGGAAGAACUGGUCAUGCGCAUGGUCGAUGACAAUGCUCGUGCAUCAUCAUUAUCAUCUUCGACGUCUAUCAAGGAUCACGGAGCGGCUGCCGACGGCGAUGGCAACAAUUCACCGGGGAUCAAGAGCGGAGGACAGGGUCAGGGUCAGGGUCACGACGAGACGACAACGGAAUCGGAAUACGUGCGUUCGACGCAUUGGUCGGCCAUCUUAGAGAACAUCCAGGAGCUCAGAACGGCACUUGGAUCCGACCUCCGGUCAGCCAACACCGAGAUGGAAGAGGCGGCGGACGACGGGGUGGAACCUCAAGCAUCCGAAGACUUGUUCAAGUCUGCGGCGCCGUUGUCACUUUCACAGAUUCUAGCCCAGGCACUCCCUCCACGAGUGCAGGUUGACCGACGACUAUCGACCUACUUCACCGCGCGGUACAUGAUGCUGGCAUCUAUUCAUGUGCCAUCGUUCCAACGACAGUACGAGCAAUUCUGGCGGACGCCGCUCGAAACGUCUCCGCUAUGGAUAUCGAUACUUUUUUCCGUCUGCUGCUUAUCGGCGACGCUCAACGAAGCCGUAGGAUCGGAACAAUCGACACCCCUCGAGGACGGGGGCCGCCCAAGUCCACGAAUGGCCUUCCUCACCGCAGCAGGACAAUGCCUCCAACUAGGCGGGUACGUGCGACCGAAAAAGUACGCCGUGGAAGCGCUGGCCAUCUACGCUCAAUGCACGUACAUGGCCACAAUAGAUCCGUCUCGCGAAGUCGGGGCGCUCAUGGGAAUCCUAGUCCGUCUCGCAUAUCGCAGCGGCUACCACCGGGACCCUUCCCACUUUCCACGCUUGGGCGUGUUCGAAGGCGAGAUGCGUCGACGAACAUGGGCCAUGCUACAACAAUGCGACCUGAUGACUUCAUUCCAGAUGGGCUUACCGAACUUGAUCCCGCCGAGCAGUUGGGACACUCAACUACCUCGCAACUUGCUCGACAGCGACUUUGAUGAGCAUACGACGACACUCCCACCUUCACGCCCGCCCGAAGACCCCACACCAUUACUGUACUUCAUUGCCAAAUCCCGGCUCAUGACCACCUUUGGCAAGAUUUGUGCUCAUGUCCUCUCGUUCCGCGAGAGCAGCCAGGAAGAAAUCAUGGCUCUGGACGCCGAAAUGCGCGCCGUCUACGCCUCGACGCCGGAAAUCUUGCGAAUCCGACCUAUGGCCCACUCGUACGCCGACCCGGCGUAUCUAGUCAUGGUGCGCUUGAACUGCGCUUUCUUGUACCAGAAAUCUCUGUGUGUUUUGCAUCGCAAGUACAUGACCCAGGGCUGGUAUGCGCGGUAUCCGGCCAGCACGCAGGCGUGUUUGGACGCCGCCACCGCAAUCACUAAACACAUGCUCGACCUGCACAAGGAGCUGCAGCCCGGUGGCCAAUUGUAUAAUGACCGUUGGAUGUUGAGCAGUUUUACCAUGAACGACUUUUACCUCGCUUGCAUGGUACUGUGUCUGGGUUUGUCGAUUUGGAAAAAGGCAAACCCGGGAAAGGACGUCGUGACGGAGAAUGAGGAUCUGUUCAAGUUGCUCAAGGCUGCCUUUGCUAUUUGCGAGGAGUGUACUAACAACAGCAACGAAGCUAGGCGCGUCACUGAUGUGCUGAGAGUCGUCUUGCGUCAGAUGGGUUCGGACGAUACAAUAGGAGAGGGUGGCAAGCCACUGGCCUCUCCCGGGAAGUCUUCCACAAUUACAUCUCACCAGCAGCGGCCACAGCAACACCCCCAACAACUGAACGAGACUCGGAGUCCUAUGGUAUGGCCUCCAAAACCAACCUCUUCACCGCACCAGCAAGGGACGCCAUUGCAGUUCGGCACCCCGUCCACUUUGUUUCCCUGGCCGAGUCGCUUCAACUUGGACCCCGCCAACGGGAGUAAAUCAGGGACAACGCCGUCUUCAACGCAGGACGAAAUGCAGCGGCAGUCUGAUGGCGGAACACACUCCGGAUCUGUACCUGUACCUGGAUCUGGACCCUCGUCAUUCUUCCCAGUCUCGACUCCAACUCCGACUCAGACACCUAGUAAUACGGGAUAUCAGAACCAGAACCAGAAUACCGCUUUUACCCCUGACACCAUCAAUCCACUUCGAGGCCCAGGUCCGGACUCUGCCUCGAACCAGAAUUCAACUCUUGAAAAUUCAAACACUACUGCUGCUGGCAGUGCUGUUGGCGGCGGCAGAGGUAUUGGUACCGGUAUAGGCCUCAGUAUCAGCGAUGCCGAUAUGGUUGGUUCUGGUGCAGAUCCAGGUACGGACAUGAACUGGAACAUGGACUGGGCCAUGAGUCCCUCCGGUGAUUUCGACUGGGCUCUUCUCGAUCAGUGGAUGGCGUUGCCGCCGAAUUGCUAUCCCUAUCCGGAUCCUCCUCCGCCGGACAACCCGAUGAUGGUGGGCAUGGAUGCUAUGGAUAUCAGUACAUAUACAAGUACAGACUCGGGUCCAGGUCCUGUUGAUGGUGGUGGUGGUGGUAGUGGAGGUAACACUGACGGCGGUGGCAAUAUAUGAUACAAACCCAAAUCACACACUGCCAGCCACGGCAAAUAUAAAGCAGACGAAAAGCAUUACAUUGUUUCUGCACUAAUGGUGCUGAUGCUAUGCUGCUCUGCAUUCACUACCUAGUACGCCAGGGUUUCGUAAACACUGCAGGUCUCUUCACGGGGGGUAUCAUAAAUAUUCUUCCUUUCUUUCCUCUUCUCCUCGCCAUCCAUAACAUUCGAAAG